UGUCCAGAUAAUGCAGGUUCUGCAUAUUUUAAUUAUAAACAUAGCCAUAGCAUUGUAUUGAUCGGAAUUUGCAAUGCAGAUUAUAUUUUAACUUUUGUUGACAUCGGAGCUUAUGGCCGACGUAGUGACGGUGGAAUUUUUAGAGAUUCUAUAAUAGGUCACAAAUUCAACAAUCGUGAAAUGAAUUUGCCUAAAUCAGAACCUCUUACAAUAGAUGGGCCAUCUUUACCUUACGUACUUGUAGGAGACGAAACAUUUCAGUUAACAGAAUACUUACUUAGACCGUAUCCUGGAAAAGGCGGUUUAAAUCAAGAACGGACAAUUUUUAAUUACCGUCUUAGCCGAGCCAGAAGAACGAUCGAAAAUACUUUUGGUAUUUUGGUUAGUCAAUGGAGAAUUUUAAAACGACCAAUUAUUUGUACAGUAGAGAAAUCAAUGAAAAUUGUACAAGCUAUUGUAUGUUUGCACAACUGGCUUCGUAAGCAAGAUAUCGGAGUAAACCAAUAUGUUGAUGAAACACUUGUUGAUCAAGAUAGACCUGAUGGGUUUGUUCCUGGCUCUUGGAGAGAAGACAUCGAAAACAGUGUAUUAAGAGAUAUUACUACAUGUGGUAAUAAUAAUAGUACGCGAAACGCAAUCAAAAUUCGUGAAAACUUUUGCAAUUAUUUUAAUACCGAAGGAACUGUACCAUGGCAAUUUAAUAAUGUUUAAUUAUCAUUUUUUGUAGAAAUAAAAUAAAACUUCUGAUAACUAAUUAUUCAACUUAUUCUAUUUAGAAACAUUUAAAUAUCUAUUUCAACAUUUUAAACAUUUUAUACUUAUUUUAUACAUUAACUGUAAUAUAAAUAUUUAAUGCAAAUAAAACAUUUUUAAAUUAAAAACAAAAAAAUAUUAAUUUUUUAAAAAUAAAAGAAAAGAUUAAAUUUUAACCAAUGUUUAAAAAAAAUAUGCUGUUCCAAAGGAAAAAAAAAUAUCUUAUUGAAUGUUGCUUUUAAAUAAAACGUUAUUCAUUAAUGAUUUCUUGGAUAAUUAUAUCAUAGGUUAACUGUAAUAUUUUUUGCAUUGUUUCAAACCUAGUCCUUGAUGACAUUUUCUUUAACCUAAAUCCCACUAAACUUAAAAAAGAAUCCAUUUCGUCAGGUUCUGGUGGCGCAGGAAGAACUAUUCUAUCUUCUUUACACAUAGCAUCCACCAUUCUUUCUAUUGCACUAGAAGUAUCACUUUUUUUGUUUUCCUUUAUUG